AAAACAUUUUUCCUAUACACAAAGGCAAUAUAAAAGUACCUUCCUUUCAUUGGGCGCCCUGGCAAUAGUACAAUCCCGAAAAAUCUUUAUCCAGCAAAGAAUUUCAAUUUCAUUUUCAUUUCGUUUUCGCGUUUCUUUCGCAUUUUCCCUCGAUUUCCGAAAUCCAUCGCCAAGAUAUCUCAGUUCUACGUCUUUUACAUCUGCAAACUUUGGUGGGCGUGUUCCAUUUUCAGGUUUUAUAGCUCGACUGUGUGAACAGAUUCUAUAGAUACAGAGUGAGAAGAGAAGGGGGAGAGACAGAAUAGGGAGGGGGAAGAAGAGGAAAAUGUCGCCAAUAGCGGCGGCGAAGCAGGCCGAACAACUCCGGCAAGACGGAAACGCGUACUUCAAGAAGGAUCGAUUUGGGGCCGCCAUUGAUGCUUACACUGAGGCUAUCACGCUAUGCCCUAAUGUCCCGAUAUAUUGGACGAAUCGGGCUCUGUGCCAUCGGAAACGGAAUGAAUGGGCAAGAGUGGAGGAGGAUUGCAGGAGGGCGAUUCAGCUUGAUCACCAUUCUCUAAAGGUGUGGUCUAUUGAAUGUCAUUAUAAUAAAGAUCCCGAUAUUCUGUUUUUGAUGCUUCUGGAAGGGGACCAUAUCCUCUGCGUCUCUUCGGGGCAUAUGCCUCUUCUUAUCUAUAUUCUGUUGAUACUGUAUUUAGGCAGAGGGAAGUUUGUGGCUCACUAUAUGCUUGGGCUCGCACUUUUGCAAAAGAAAGAGUACGCAGAAGGUGUCAAAGAAUUGGAAAAGGCAUUGGAUCUUGGGAGGGGAGCAAAUCCAAAAGGGUACAUGGUAGAAGAGAUGUGGCAAGAGCUUGCACGAGCCAAAUAUUUAGAAUGGGAACAUGAAUCAAUCCAGCGUUCGUGGGAGCUUCAAAGCUUAAAACAAGCAUGCGAGGCAGCUCUGAAGGAGAAACAUUUCCUCGAUGGUUCUCAAACAGAAGGUUUUGUAGAUGAACAUGAAAAGUUGUAUCAAAAUCAAUUGGAAGCUUUAGACCGAGUAUUUAACAAAGCCGCAGAAAACGACACUCCAACAGAGGUGCCAGACUAUCUGUGCUGUAAGAUCACUUUAGACAUUUUUCGCGACCCGGUAAUUACUCCUAGUGGGCUCUCAUACGAACGAGCUGUGAUCCUAGAGCACUUGCAAAAGGUGGGAAAAUUCGACCCUAUAACUCGGGAAACUUUAUAUCCAUCUCAGCUUGUACCAAAUUUGGCCUUAAAAGAAGCUGUUAGAGGGUAUCUGGAUGAACAUGGGUGGGCUUAUAGGAUGGAUUGACAUUGGUAUGGCUUCUUUGGCUUUGAAAACUCCUUUAUUUAAUUUGUGUCCCUCCACAACAUUAUCGAUAAUCGAUAGUUGUUUUCGGAUGGGUCGAGCAUUCUAGUCCGAAAUCUCAUGAUUGUUGGAACUACAGGUGUUAGAUGGUUCCCUUUUGAAUUUGUACAGUGUGUAAUUAUUAGGUUGCUAUUGGCUGCAGAAAAUUUUAUCGUU